CCUGUUUAAAUAAGAAGUAGAAUAUUUUGUUGAACUUUAUAAAUUACGAAGAAUAUCUCCAUAUUCUGCCAUAGUAUCAAAUUGAGCAUAAGCGGAUGCAAAAUAUAUAUUAUACUGAGUAUGCAAGCAUCGUAAUGUAACGCAAAUGGCUCGGAUUCAUAGCGCAUUUUAGUGUUGAAGUUUGAGGUUCUGAACAAAAUUUUAAACAUGGCUGCCUGUCUAUAAAAACAAGAACUCAGAAUGAUUGAUUAUUUGUACAAAGAAGAAGGAUUACAAGUAAAAAUGCAUUUGACAAUACUUCAAUAAACCAUGAUAUAACUGCUGUACCUUAAUCACUGCUGGAGCCCCGAUAAUGUAUUGGGCAUCGACAUUUUGUUGUGUCAUCUAUGUGUGUACUUUAGCGGACUGAGCCACCGCAAGUCGCACAAUGGAGGUUAAGGAAUCCCACCUGAAGCGAAGCCUCUUCUUUAUUGAGGCCUUACAAAAGGUUCAGAGACAGGUCCAUCCAAAUCUACAUGCCCGUAAAGAUGCCUUAGAAUACAUAGACAGUCUUAUACAGCAACUCUUAAAUAUGUUAUGCCAAUCUCAACCUCAUACUGUAACAGAUGUGGAAGACUGUGUUAAGAAAACCUUCCCACACCCCAUAGAUAAGUGGGCCAUAGGGGACGCUAACACUGCCUUGGAGAAAGGAAAGAAAAAAUCCCCAUUGGUUCUUCCUGUAGAAAAGCUUCAUCCUAUUUUAGUAAAGGAGGUGCUGGGCUAUAAGGUUGACUUCCAAGUGUCACUCUAUAUAGUGGCAGUCUUAGAAUAUAUUGCCGCUGAUAUAUUUAAGUUGGCAGGAAAUUAUGUCCGUAACAUAAAACACUCUGAGAUUACUAGCCAAGACAUCAAAGUUGCUAUGUGUGCAGACAAGGUCCUUAUGGACAUGUUCUUUCAAGAUGAUGAGGUCUCAUUCAGUGUCGAGGAAGAACCUGUUAAACAAGGAUCUCUAAAAUAUGAGGACAUCGUCAAAGAUCUCAUCCUAGAAGAAACUCAGCAUGUUCGAGAUCUUAACAUGAUAAUUAAAGUAUUCAGGGACCCAUUUGAAAAACUGUUCCCAAAAAGUGGCGAUUUGGACGCUAUAUUUAGCAAUAUUUUUGAAGUGUAUGAAUUUUCUACGAAAUUAUUAAGUUCCUUGGAAGAUGUUGUCGAAGCAACUGAAGAAAACUCGGUUCCAUUGAUUGGUGGCAUUUUUGAGGAACUUGCCGAGAAUGCAGAAUUUGUUGUGUAUGAGAGAUACGCAGAAGAUCUUAUGAAACCUCAUGGUCGAGAGAGAUUGAAUAUACUACUUCAAAGAAAAGAUUUAAAAGAAACUUUAGAUAAUACUGGCAAUGGUUUUCGAGAUGCUGUGAAAUACGUCCUGCCCAAGUCACUACUAGGUCCUAUCUAUCACUGUCUUCAUAUAUUGGAUGUCAUAAAGACAUUACAAAGCACUAGUCCUACAGAGGAAGACCAGGAGAGUCUGGAGCAGGCCUCAGGUCUCCUACAUCAAACCAAGCUCAAGCUGGACAUCAUAUGUAAAGAUACACUGCCAAAACGUAAACCAGGGGAGACAUCUCUGAGAUGUUAUGGUCGUAUGGGUCGACAGGCCGCUCUCAACAAAAUGAAUGAUCUUCAGAAGUCUAUAGAUGGCUGGGAAGGGAAAGAUAUUGCACAGAGUUCCAAUGAGUUUGUAAUGGAUGGUGUUGUAUCUAAGUAUGCUGGCAAGAGGCUUACUGAGAGACAUGUCUUCCUAUUUGAUGGUCUACUUAUUUUAUGUAAACAAAACCUUAGAAGGUCUUCAGUCACUGGGCCUGUAGGAGAAUAUCGCUUGAAAGACAAGUUUCAUCUCCGCAAGCUGACUAUCAAUGACAAGGAUGAUACACCCGAAGUGAAAAAUGCUUUUGAAAUUCAGCUCAAGGACCAACCAUCUAUGACACUAGUUGCCAAAUCUAUCGAUGAGAAAAAUAACUGGAUGUGGGCGCUGGUAUCGCUACAGAAACGCAGUUUCCUGGAGAGAAUGCUUGACAGCAGGCUAUUGGCCGAGGAGAAGGCCCAACCCCUUCGCCUUCCAUCUCCUGAACACUAUAGGUUUGCAGAAGAAGACUCUGAAGAUAAUAUAGUGAUAGACAGCACCAGCCCAAUUGGAGAGAGUCCUGUAAUAAAGGGUGGUACACUGCUGAAGCUGGUUGAACGUCUCACAUACCACAUGUAUGCCGAUCCAAAAUUUGUACGAACAUUUCUUACGACGUAUCGGUCGUUUUGUAAACCUCAGGAGCUACUCAAGUUACUUAUGGAAAGGUUUGAAAUUCCUGACCCAGUUCUUCCUGAAGAGGAAUCUGAUAGUAACGAAGCAAGCAGCCCCACCUCUCCCAGUGCCAAUCCCGCCAAUAGGGAAGACCUGAAACGAUUCAGGAAAGAAUAUUGUAAACCAGUCCAGUUCAGAGUGUUGAACGUUCUCCGUCAUUGGGUGGACCACCACUACUACGAUUACGAGAGAGAUGAGAGUCUUUUAACCAAUCUCGAAGACUUCCUCGAGGCGGUCAAAGGGAAAGCAAUGAGGAAGUGGGUGGAGUCGAUCACCAAGGUCAUCCAGAGGCGGAAGCAAGCCAAGACCGAACCGAAGGACAUUGUGUAUGAGAAGGAGCUGCCACCUAUUGAGUGGCACAUAGCCAGAACCCCUGAUCAGUUUGAUCUGAUGCAGCUUCACCCUAUUGAAAUCGCCCGCCAGGUGACUUUAUUAGAGUUUGAUUUAUACCGUGCAGUAAAACCAUCUGAGCUUGUUGGAAGUACAGAGAAGAAGGAUAAACGGGAAAGUGCCCCUAACCUUCAUAAAAUGAUACAUUUCUCUACAAUGUUCACAUUUUGGCUUGAAAAAUGCAUCGUCGAAGCUGAAAACUUUGAGGAAAGAGUAGCUGUGAUGUCACGUAUCAUUGAGAUUAUGAUCAUGUUCCAAGAGAAUAAUAACUUCAGUGGUGUCCUAGAGGUUGUUAGUGCAAUGAACUCUGCUCCAAUACAUCGACUGGAACACACCCGUUUGGAAUUGCCAACUAAACUGAGUAAGGCGUUGGAAGAGGCGUGUGAGUUAAAUUCAGACCACCUGAGGAAAUAUAUCGAAAAACUCCGAUCAAUCAACCCUCCAUGUGUGCCAUUCUUAGGUAUGUACUUGACCAACAUCCUUCACAUAGAAGAGGGAAACCCGGAUAUUCUACCGAACAAGGAAGGUAUAAUCAAUUUCUCAAAGAGGCGGAAAGUUGCUGAAAUCACUGGUGAGAUCCAGCAGUAUCAGAACCAGCCUUACUGCUUAUCGUUGGAGGCUGACAUUAGGGGGAUAAAGAGAGAAGGUGAAUUUAUAAAAUGGCCACCAGAAUUUGUAGUCGCCACUCAGCAGUUGGUACCAGACACUGAGAUUUGA